GAGGGUAGUAAUGGCGGCGAAAACAUGAGUGGUUUGAUUUGAUUUUGAUUUGCGGUACAGUGAUCGAUGGAAUGCUGAAGACUGUUGGAGAGCUAUGGGAGACAUUGUUAAGUCUUUGAAAUUCCUGGAGUUUCCGGAGUGUACAAAACAAGCGUUGAAGUUCUUGGCCACAAGCUUAUCCAGUACAAGUGCUGGUGAUGGGAAAUAUAUUUCUGAUGUGUGCCAGGACUACAUCCUCUUCAGGAGAUCUUCUCAUAGGAAACAGCUGAAUGCGAUUCAGGAGCUGCAGCUGUUGGAGCUGCUGUGUGAUUUCCUGGAGAAGCUGCGAGAUGGGGUGAGAAUAGCAGCCUUCGCCUUCAUCUUUGGGGGAAGGGUCAACUCCAGUAAGGUGGAACUUCUCACAAAGCUGGUAUCCAUGGGGAUAUCUGUACACUCCAAGGCUGUCCUGGACAGCGUCGCAGACUGGAUGCAGGACCAUGGCUCAGACAGUGAGCAUGUGCUGGCAGUCACUCGAACCCUUGUACAGGAUCACUGCCGACUUUUCCCAGAUAUGACCUCUGCAUUCAGAACACUGCCGACGAUCUCCCCACUCCUCGCCUGUAACAUCAUGUCAGCUGUCACUUGUGUCUAUUCCUACACCGACCGAGAGAGUGCCCCUCCCCAGCUGUUGGUGAAGUACAUCACACAGUGGAUUUCUGACGACCCGUCUCUAUGUGCCACAUCAGUGUUAACCUUCUCCUCACCUCACAUGAUGCGUGAAGGUUCUGAGAAAUAUUGUCCUCUAGCGGGCCUACUUAAGUGGUGUGCCGUGGGCCCUCUAGUGGAGGACACAGUGUCAGCCAGGGGAGGUAACUGUGUGAGUCCUGACGGUCACGAGAACAGCUCCAUGAUAUCAGUGUUCUCAACUCUCCACUGGGCUCUCCUACAAACUCUACUACAGUUCAGCCAUGAGCACUGCACUCUGCUGACACUGAGAAACUUAGAGGCUGUAGUGGUCAGUUUUCAGAAGAUGUGUAAAUCAGCGUCUAGGAAGCCUGAGGAAGACCUCAUACAGUUCUCUGUGGAGCGGUUAGGUCAGGCAAUUCAAGUGGCAUUAGCCUCUGGAAAUCUGCGGUGCUCAAAAAAUGAACUGUCAAAGAUGGUUGAAAUAUUAUUGCCCAACAGAUUGCUGGAGCUUGUUUUGAAACAGCAUGGAGUCCUCUCUGAUGCACCCAUGGAUUUAUCCUGAUGUCAUGAUGUGGAUGGGAGGAUAUAUACAUGUAGAGGAUGUUUGAGGCCUCAGCAGUUCUCCAUAAACAUUUGGCAAGGUUUUAACAGUUCUGAGAAAGGGUAUGAUGAAAUCACCAGAGGUGAAAUGUCACAGGAUCAAAGGAAGGAUGCUUGCAACAGUUGAGAGGGAAGGAACCCUGAGAUCGCAGCUCUUUUGAAGGUCGACGUGAGAUGACCACAAUUCUUGUGAAGGAGCUCUUCUGAAGGUUGACAUGAGAUCACUGUGGUUCUUAUGG